AUGGCAGACCUCCAGGGAAUCAUGGUGGCAUUGAUCACUCCUUUCACUGAUGACCAGAGUGCCAUCCACGAAGGCCGUCUCCAAAUGCUCGUCGAACGCCAAAUUCAAGCCGGUGUCCAUGGCCUUGUCCCCGGUGGGAGUACGGGGGAAUUCACGUCGCUGACUCUUGCUGAACGCAAGCAACUCACGGAGCUCGUGGUCAAGUAUACAAACAGCCGAGUGCCCGUGAUUGCUGGCACAGGAGGUCUGACGACAGCCGAGACCCUCGAGCUCUCCAUCCACGCGGCACAAACUGGCGCCUCGGCGAUCAUGGUUGUUCCGCCGUUCUAUGAAGCGGUUAACAUGAAGGAGCUGAGGAGCCUGAUCACCGAAAUCGACCAAGUCACCCACAUUCCCAUCGUAUUCUACAAUAUCCCGUCUGCAACAGGCCUGAAGCUGAGCCCAACGGAACUGGCUAGCCUCUCCACAGUGGGCGUUCGCUACUUGAAAGACACAUCUGGCGACGGACCGGCAUUGACAGAGCUGCUAUUUGGUCUCUCUGAUAAAAUCACCGUCUUCAACGGUUGGGAUACCCUGACCUUCUAUGGGCUGGCUGCGGGUGCGCGAGGCGGAAUUUGGGGCGCUGCGAACCUUAUCCCCGAGUUGGCAGUGGAGUUAUGGGAGACCGUCGCAAUUAAGGGCGACCUCAAGAAGGGCCGUGAGGUGUGGGCCAAGGUUUGGCCAAUCUGCAAGUUCCUGGAAUCGCACAACUAUGCAGCAGCCGUCAAGACGGGUCUGGAGCUGACUGGGAGCUCUACUGGUGGCGUGCGAAAGCCUUUUGUCAUGCUGGAGCCAGAGCUGCAAACGGAGUUGAAAGCUUUGAUGCAGACCGAACCUUUACCAACGAAAUCGCCCGGAUAUGUUACGCGUGUUUUUACGCCGUCUCUUCCCACUAACAAUGCCGAGAGACAAACGGUCAUUGAUGACUACGCCGAGAAGUACUCAAAAGGCUUCGAGCUGACCGAAUCGAUAUCCUCAAGACCCAAGGCUACGUUGCCAGCUUCCUCGCGCUGUGUUCUCGUUACAGGCGCAACAGGAAGUCUUGGCUCUCACAUCGUGGCUGCUAUUGCGCGGCGCAACGAUGUUGAAACGCUCAUUUUCAUGCGUGGAAUUGAGCUCAAUGCCGCGUCUAUGGCAAAGCUGGAAGUGAUUGAAACGAAUACAAGCAAACCGUCCAUAGGAUUGUCUGUGGACAAAUACCAGUCUUUACUGGGCAGAGUCACACACAUUGUCCACAGUGCGUGGCCCAUGAGUCUAACACGCCUUAUCCGCAUGUAUGAGACCCAAAUGAAAAUCCUAAGAAAUCUUAUAUCCCUUGCAGCGGAUGUUGCCAAAGAGCAGCCCCAGCUGCGCGUCGGGUUGCAAUUCGUGUCAUCCAUUGCCGUGGUUGGCAACUACUCCCUGUGGAAAGGAACUUCCUUGGUGCCUGAGCAGUUAACAACUGUCGAGUCGGUCCCUUUCACUGGCUAUGCAGAGGCGACGCUAGUCUGCAAAGCCAUCCUGUCCAAGACGUUACGCCGCUAUCCCGAUCGCUUCCAGGCCAAGGCCGUGCGGGUUGCGCAAAUCUCCGGAUCCACCCAGAGUGGCUACUGGAAUAAUUCCGAUUUUAUCCCGUUCCUCAUCAAGACAUCCCAGUCUCUUGACCAACUCCCAUACCUCAAGGGCACACUCUCUUGGUACCCUGUCCAUGGCGUCGCUCCUACACUGGGCGACUUGCUCUUGUCCGAGACGGCCGACGACGAGAUCUACCACAUCGACAAUCCGUCCUGCCAAGGCUGGCAGGAAAUGAUUGCAUCGCUCGCCAGCGCACUUGGCCUUGGAAAGGAAUGCAUUGUGCCAUUUGACCAGUGGAUUGAUCGCGUCAGACGUCUCCGCGGGUCUACUGCUAAUAAACCGGCACUGCAGCUGAUUGAUUUUUUCGAAAACUACUUUAUCCCAAUGUCGUGCGGAGAGCUCAUUUUGGAUACAACCAAGGCAAAUCAGCACUCCCAGACGCUUCGUAACCAAGGGCCAAUCACUGACGAGGUCAUUGGCAAAUACAUCAAGGCAAUGAGAACAUCGGGCUUCUUGAAUUAA